ACCGCACUCAAUCACUUCUUGAUCAAAUCCCGUGCAUCCGCACGCGGUCUCAUCAUUGUGAGAGGAAUAAAUAUCAACCGAGGGAAAUAAAAAGUGAACCGGAUUCAUAACGUGGACCAGGAAUUAUGCAAAUUGAUAUAUAUUUUCGAAUUUUUAACCUAAAGUCAGAGGCAUUAAUUUUGAUGGAAUUUCCUACGAACUGAUGGUAGUUGUUUAGUUGUUUUGUUUCACGUGUAAAUUCGUAUAGAAAGAUAACCUUGAAAUUUUGAAAAAUUAUUCAGUGAAAUAAAAUGCAGGAAACCUUACAACUUUCGACUUGUGGAUGUCCUCAACCAUCGACCAAACUUCCCAAGAAGAACUACCACGAAAUUGGCGCCGAAGUAAUUGGCAAUCAGCUAUUAAUCCGGGUGGAGAAGGACAAGAAAAAAGUGAAAAGCCAGUGGGAUCCACCUUGUGAUUGUGAAAUACCUGAAAUAAGACUCUCAUCGGACAGUGAAGGGCCAAAGAUCAUAAAUGCUGGAAGCAACAAUCAGAUUAUUUUCCAGAUAAAUUCAAAAUCACAUGUGGAGAGCCCUGACCCAACCCUCAUAUCGGAAAUAAAACCUUAUGAAUUAGGAGAUCAUCAGGACGAACUUCAGGGUCGCACCAUCGUCGUCCAUUCGCAGGUAGACGGCGGCGACAGCCAGGAAAUUCAGAGGGAUCAUAUCACCGUCGGCAAUCAGAACAUCUUCAUGAUGAAGAUUAAGAAGAAAUCGGAUGCCAAGGAACGGAAAAAUCGGAAUGUUGAGCUGGAAGUUUGUUAUCCGAUAAUACCCGAGAGGGUUUCUACCCCAUUCAGUUUACCUCCACCACCCCCUCCUACUCCUCCUCCACCUGUCAAUCUUCCGGAAGUAAAGAAUGAGGCAAAGGAAACGCCGAAGGCGAAAAAGGGGAAGGGCAAACGGAAAUGAACGGAUUGAUUGGCGGAAAAAGGAAACGUUGAAAAAAGGGCUUUGAAGACUUUUUCUUCAGACAAGUGUUUGCUGUAGAUGAAAGCGAAUUUCCGGUGAAUGAAUACUUACACAGCGUCGCAACAAUCUUGGAUAUCAUGACCGAGAGGAUCACGAUUUUCGAAAAAUUCGGGUAGAGCUGA